CUAGUGGGAACUAUUUCCUAUAGACUCUCCUCUCAACAACGCGGAGAUUACAUAGGAAAGAAAAGUAAUUGGCAGCUGCACCGAACACAUGGAGCGGGGCCGCGGGAGACACCGACGCGGAGGUGGCGGUCGUAGGAGGCCCUGGGGUGAACGGGGACGCGGAGGGGACAGGGUAGGACCCGCACACAGUGGCAGGGGAUACAGGGGCGCAGACCGCCAGCGCAAUGAGCCGUCAGAACCUAGAAUUGAGGACAGGAAUGAGGCUGUAGAACCCCAGGAAGAGGAUGAACAGGUGUUGCUGGGAUUCUCCAGGAGGAAAAUCAGUUCCAACUGGGAUCGCUAUGAAGAAACUGAGAAGGAGUCUGAGUCUGAAAGCAAAGUGCUUCAAAGAGGAGCCGAUUACAGUGUCCUCCUUAGUUCAGCAGGGGAUUCCUUCACUCAGUUUAGAUUUGCUGAUGAGAAAGACUGGGAAGCAGAAACUCCAAGCUACAAACAGGCCUCCGCUGUGUGUUUGGAUCCCCAGUCUCUAGUGCGAGUCCUGCAGGAGCUGCCGCUGCAUCUGCGCCUCAACGUGGAGCCGGAGCUGGUUCAGGAAGUGUUACCACAGGAACUGCCUCAUUUUAAAACGAGAGACAUUUUAAUCACGCCUCCUGUCAUCCAAGCCCCGCCCAGUACUGGCGCAGCAAGUUCUACUCAGGUGGGAAUGGCUCCUCCAGAAGAACAGGUUUCAAAUACCACAAGGGCCCAGGACAGCUCCCCUCAGCUUGAAUUAGAUGAAGAACUUGACUUUCUACUUAGUCUGGAAGCCCCAGUGAAAGAGGCAGCAGGCGUUAAACCCACCAAUGAAGAGAAGGAGUGUGACCUUCAUGGGAAGCGUCAAGAACUUCUUCCAAUAACAGAUGAAGUUGCCUCCUCUUCCGCUGAGAAGAAUAAAUCUGUAACUGAAGAAGAUCUAGAGGACUGGUUGGACAGCAUGAUCUCCUGAUGUGCCGGGGGCAGGGAAGCUAAAGGGAGCGUAUAUACAUAUAUAGAGCAGUGGCUCCUUUCUAUAGACCUGCCUCCUAACUGCCUGUUUCUUGUACCUUUAUAUAUCCUGUAUAAUAAAAUGAAAACGCUAGUGAAUAUUAGUUUUAUGCAGUAACUAUAUUAUUCCAAACAUGGUCAGAAUUAGGGAUUGCAUUUGAACUGCUUAAUGUUGGUCUUUUUCAGUUAAGCAGAAAAUGCUGUUGAAGGCCCAUGCCCUUGGGUCACACAGUUCUCACCCAGCAAAUGGCUUAUUCCAAUUGUCACCGUAUGGUUUACCAUUAUUACCAAAAAUAAAACAUUGCCAAGCAGUUACACAUUU